CUCAGCCAUGGGGACAGCAUCUCCAGAGAAGAUCCUGAAGUCUCUGCCAACACUCAUUAUUCCAUAUGGCUUAAAGAGUGUGUUAAAGGCUAUCAGUCAUGCAGUGAUGGUGGAGGAGCCAUCAAAUAUAGCUGAAUACAUGGCAUUUUAUUGCAAUGAGCUUCUCUGCUUACGGAAAGAACACCCUGAGCUUUCCGUUCAAGAUCUAACAGCUCUCCUGAGAUUCAUGAAAGGACAUUGUGUAGUAAGUUCUGCCAGUUUAGCCCCUUGCCUCUCUGACGCCGUGCUAGAUGAGAUCCCGUAUGCACGUCCCGUCCAAGUAGCAUCCUUGCCUACACCUCCGACUGUGAAUGCAGAACCUGUCUGUAGUUCAGACAUUGCUGAAAAUGCCCCGAUUCGUUCGGUGUCAGGAGGUGCAGAUGGUUCUUGGGACAGCAUCCAUGUUCCAUGCCUGGAGACGGAGGCGCAGGGCACCCUCUCAUCUGUCCAGUCAGCAGUGUUCCUGAGGGGACCUCUAGAGAAGGGGGCAUCCAAUGAAAGCUUAGUCUUGAUCCAAGCAAUGAGGCCUCCGUCCAAGCCCAUGAUCAUUGUUCACUCAGACAACCUUCCUGACGUCAUCGUUUUCCAAAACAGUGACCAGCGGCCUUGUCCCUCACCCGCCCAUUCCAGUGUGGAAGCUUUGGAACAGAGACCUGAUGGGUCAGGCUCUCAGACUAACGUUGGCCCUGAUGUGGUGGUGUUUCACAAAGUGCCUUCAGUGCAGGAUGUGACUGAUUCACUGAAUGACCUGUCUUCUCUAACCAAUGAAAACACCUCAUCAGAGCACGUUGGAGAGACGGAGAUAACACAUCUUUCUGAACAGGACACACCGUGUGCCCAUGACACCUCAGUGAGUUCAGGCACACAGGAAACCAUAAAAACCAUCCAGUUAAUGGAAUCUUUCAGAAUGGCAGACGAGCCUAUGUUGAAAAGAACCCAAGCAAAACCCACAACUGCAGUCUCCAUCAAGGCGGCCAUUGCUGAGAGAGACAGGCUGAUGAAGAAAAUAUUGCAGUCCAUUCAGUUGAAAAAACAAACAGAUAUUUCAAAGUCAAGAAUAACAGGCAUCACAGUAUCGAGCAGCACUGGAGGAUGCCCUGGACACCUUCAAAAAACUCUAGAGGCUAACGCUGGACAUGCUAAAGCAGAUGAGGCGCUACUGCAAGCUGUCACACUUGGGUUGAAGAUGAACAGUCCAGAUAUAAACUUAGCACUUCAGAGUUCUGUUAACCAGGUCUGGACUCUCCACCAGAUGACAACCGGAGCAAAGCAGCCAACUAGCAACCCCUCACCAUCACAGCCCGACAGCUAUGAAUCCCCUAAGAAUAAGGACCAAACAACCAUGUCAGGAAAUUAUUCUCCUCCCUCUAAAUCGGAACCAUCGGAACCAAGUCAGGAGGAGAGAGGACAGUUACCCAAGCCAUCUAUCCUGUCUCACGUCCACCUCAUCAACACUCCAAAUUAUGUUCUUGUGAAUGACGAGGACGCUGAGAGGAAGGGAAACCAACCCAGUGACACAUCUCCAAAUACAAACAAAGAGACACCAAGAUCAGGUGCACAAAGGAACUGGAUCAAACAGUAUCUGUCAAUCUAUUUUCCAGUAGACCCCUUCAGUAGUGAUCCUGAGUGCAGUCGACCUCUGUUCUAUCAUGUGACUUCUGAUCAAGGGAACACGGCCUGUUCACCAGUGAUCGUCCGUGGUAUCAAUCCCACAUACGCUGCCAGCAAUGACUUAGACAAUGUGAGGGAGUGCAUACCAAGUGAACCAAUGUGUCAUUGGUCAAUUGAAAUUACUGUGAAAAAGACAACAGGACAACAACCACCACAAGAUUCUUCCUUGAAAAAAUGAAUACUUUAUACACAUGCACAUAUCCUGAUACUAUCAAUAGUAAUAAUGCUUGGAUAAAUAAAAGCAUAAGAAACUGAA